AUGGUGUCAGUGAUCGUCAUGGAUCUCGAGACUCGACCGCGAUUUCAUGGAAACGCGCGAUAUUCAACGAUGCUGGUGAUCGGGUUGUCGACGGUGAUGUUGACGGUCAUCGUCGUCGCCACUCCUUUUCUCGACGCUGUACAAGAGAUGUCCUGCUGUUCUUUGGCUACCGGAUCUUGUCGCAAUGUCUGCUCCAAGAUCUCGCUGGUGGCGUUGGGAGCAGAAGCAGAGGCAAGGGAGAACGCGACGCGACGCUUGCUGGAGUUCUGUUCCCUCGAGCUGAUGGUAUUCUGGGGCUGCGUCAACAUGACUCUGAACGAGGUAAAGAGAUACGAGAAUUGGACUGGCAGGGGUUGCUGUCACUUAGCGCUGAAUCCAAUAUGCCGAUCAACGUGCGCUCUCUCCGGAUCCAGAAGGGAUCUGAACGUAUCCUGCCGGCCGAGCGACGAGCCUGAAUUCUUCUCCUGUUUGGAAAAGCGAGAGGAAGCUGAACACUGUUGCAGCAACGUAUCCGACGACACCUGCAGAACAAUUUGCCAGGAUUUGUUCUACAAGCCCGGAAAGAUUUCAAAUCUCAAGUUGUACAGUAGCAAGGGAUGCUUCCAUCAGAUUCCAAGGUGCUUGAAAACCGUGGCCGAGGCGAAACACGCCGAAGAUCCGAAACAACAUCUGCAUUGCUGCAACGUGGCUAGCAGCCCAGCCUGUCUCGAAACGUGCAGGAAGAUCCUGCAUACGGCGACGACCGACCAAGAGAUCAUGGACGCGUUGACGGACAAGUGCAGACCGGUUCUACCUCAGUCGCCGUUUUGGAGUUGUCUGCUCAAGUCUGGCUCGUCGAAGCCAGCUCGCCUACCUCUAGAUGCGGGCAAAUUGUCGUGCUGCACCAAAGCAACCAAGCCAUCGUGCCAGAAUCUGUGCUGGAGAGCGUUCCAAGCGGACUGGGAGUCCGCGUGGCUUCAACUCGACGCAGAGUGCCUGUCGUCCAGCCUGGAAGGAGAACUGAGACGGUGUCUCGAGGAUACCGACGAUCCGUGCGAAAUGGGCUGCUCCGGGCUGUCCUAUUGCACCCGAUUCAACGACAGGUCGACGACACUCUUUAGGAGUUGUUCGGCCGCGGCUGACGAGGCAGCUAAAUUGGAAGCUGAUCACUGGGCCAGAGGUGGAAUCGUUCGUGGAUUAGGUGUGCCUGUUCGAGCCGCCGCUUCCUGCCCGCCGGAAACUUUACGCGCAGCCGCGUGCUUAUUGCAGCUGAGACCGUGCGAAGCCAGAAUCCACGAGACGAGACUUUGUCGAGAAGAUUGCCUCGAACUGAUGGCCAGUUGCGUGGACUGGUCGGCCAUUAACGGUCCCCAUACGGCAGCCACAUUGUGCGCCAAGCUCUCGCCAGCUAGAUCCGAUGCCUCUUGCGUUUCUCUGAGACCCUUUUUAGAGGAUGCCCAAGAUAACGAGUCGGUGAUUCGCCUCGAGGAGGACAUCGUCACUCCUUGUAGGAGUAACCCUUGCGCUCACGGUGAAAUCUGCCAGCUGCUUCAUUUCACCCGACAGGCGUACCGUUGUCUACCAGCUUGUUCUCUCGGAGAAAUGUCGAAACAGUUGGUACCCGUGGGAUCCUGGGUACAGAUACCAAGGUACGACCAACAGGGUUGUCUGCGAAUCUGCCAAUGCACGGUCCACGGUUUGGAGAAAUGCAGAACCUUAAACUGCUACAAAUUCAACUCUUGCUGGGUGCAUGACCGUUUCGUCGCUCACAAAGCCAACUUCUAUCUGGAAUGUAAUCCCUGUCACUGUUUCGAGGGCGAGUUCACGUGUUCGAAGAAGAAUUGCGGCGAGAUACGCGUACCUUCGUUGCCCUGUGACUGUCCGGCUCAUUACGUCCCCGUUUGUGGAAGAUUAGGCUUCACUUUUGCAUCCGGUUGUCUGGCAAAGUGUUCCGAGAUGUCCGCGAACGAAGUAGAAUUCGGUAGCUGUUCCUCUCGCGACCCGUGCGCGUCCAAUCCUUGCGACAGCACGGAAAAAUGCGUCCCGAGAACCAGAGUGUGCUUGUCCAGGCUUCAGAAAUCUUGUCGCCAAUACGAAUGCGUACCUCUCGAUUGCGAUCCCCGAGACGAGGCCAACGGUCCGGUUUGCGACAAGGAAAACCGCCAACAUCGCUCCAUGUGCGCCAUGAUUCGAUCUGGGGCCAGUUUGGGCUACAGAGGACAUUGUCUAGAAGGGUGUAGCUUACGUGGUCCCGUUUGCGGUACCAACGGAGAGAUCUACGCGAACGAGUGCGCAGCGUGGGCGGAAAGGACGGUGGUGGAUUACUUUGGUCGUUGCGUGGCUGUCGGGUUGAUAGGUGAUCAAGCCAAGCCUCGUUGCGGCGAUUUAGUACAAUGUCCUCGGUUAAUCGAGCCAUACUGCGUUGGAGUCACACCCCCCGGUGCCUGUUGUCCUGUCUGCGGUGGGGCGGCUAAGCUCUUUUAUUCUAAAAAACAGUUGGAUAGGAUAUACUACACGAUGGACGAGGACGUGGACAAAGAUUCGGUCGCGCUCGAGGUCCUCUUGUCAGCUCUAGCACGACAGAUCCAAGUGGCACAGUGCGUUCUUCGAGGCAUGAUGACGCCAGACCUCGACAUAUUCGUUAUAGUACAGCCUACGUCGAAGAGACCUUCGCCGCUGCAGCUACGAGCUUGCGUGGCUGAGACUGAGAAACUAGUUACCAGAAUUUCGGAGAGGAGCCCCAGGAUCACGACGGAAGUACUGUUAGGCGCGCUCACCAGAGCGGAAAUUGCUCAUAGCUACAUAUCAAGUGCCAUGACCAUCGGGGGAAACGCUGCGCGGCUCUUACUUGCAAUUCUCCUUUACGCUAUAGUUUCGUGACAACCGAGACACAUACGGAAACGUACAAGCGUAUAGGAGACACGUCGGCUGAUCGCGAUAAACGGCCGAUUCGUUCGUCGCAUUUUUCAAACGCGUUAAAGCAUUUCUUUUACCUAGCGGCGUUACCGUUCGUCGCGGUAUCGUCGAGUCCAUGACUGUGAUUCCUCUAGUGCCUAACGUAACGUACAGAAAAGUAGCGUGUAUUUUUCGUCUAUCUUUUAAUAUUGCCAAAGAAAACGGAGUACGUGGAACAUGUACAAAGACACAUAAUUACCCAGGCAGGAAUACGCCGCUAAACGAUCGUUAAAGGAUGAUUAUGCUGGCCGUUGUAAGCUGUAAAUAAAGUUUCAGUCCUGACUUAAGUUACCAAAACAAAGUGGCGAUUGAUCGUUACGUUAUAUUCUCCGUGAAUACAAUAAUACAAUGGAUAAAAAAGGUCAAGUCUGUCGAGCGGCCCAAAUUAUUUAUUCUCUUGUCCCACAAUGUGAGUUUCGCGUGCCUUUUGUUCGAAAAUCUUAAUUAUUUAAUUACGAUGGUUAAUCAAUUUGGACCGCUGGCAAAUACUUUCGUUCACUGAAUCGGUACUCCGUAAACCGUCAAGCAGCUCUUUUGAACAUUAUUGUACCGUUAAAUACAAAGUGUUUCGCAGAGACUUUCUGUAAGUUUAAUAAAUCUCUAAUUUUACUCGCA